AUGGGACGUGACAAGCAAUUAAGAAGUGAAAAGAGUAAGCAAUCAGUCACAAUGGAUUUAGGAUUUUUCAGGACUUCACUAAAGUUGACAAGGUUUCUUGGAAUUUGGGUUAAAAAGGACGAUCCUGUGUACUAUCUAGCAUAUUCCAUUUUUAUGCAGUUUGUAUUCGUCUAUGCAUUUACAUUUAUGAUGGGCAUGUAUAUUGUCAAUGUAUCAGACAUUAUCGAUUUUGCAGACCAGUCAUCGUCAUUCUGUACCUACAUAGUUUGUAGUGUCAAGUGUAUCAACAUUUUCUUUCAAAUUGAUAAAUUGGAAGCAAACUUUCGAGAAUUAAAGCAAUGCAUUGAGGACUAUGAAACUCCCGAAUUAUACACGAAACACGUCAGCAAGGCAAACAAGCUUCUAAAAAUGUAUUGGGCAGCGACAUUUUCUACUGUAUUUUAUGCAGGCUUUAUUCCAUUCUUCUCUGAUCGUUUGGCAUAUCCAAUGUGGUUCCCAUAUAGCUUAGAAAAUCCUACACUAUACUACAUAUCAGCAUUUUACCAAUGGAUUGGAACUAUUUUAUAUUCGACGGCUAAUGUAAUGAUGGAUUCAUUGCCUGUACUAUUUAUUGCAUAUUUUAUUGCCUUGUUUGAGAAUAUUGCUGACAGACUAGCAGCUAUAAAGAGGCAGGGAGUGAUUAAAGGCAAGAAGAAAUUUGACAACAGAAAGGAACUAAUUAAAUGUGUAAAAUACCAGCUUAAAGUAAUAGAACUCGUCCGUAAAACUGAGAACAUCUUUUCCGUCGUGAUUUUCAUUCAAGGCUUAUUCUCAUCUGUAAUUUUAUGCACAACUAGCUUUGCAUUAACCAUGCUUGUUUUUCCUACAGAUGUUAAUUUGAUGAUUAAAUUUACAACCUAUAUGAUGGCAAUGGUUUCUCAAAUCUUCAUACCUUGCUAUUAUGGAACUGAAUUGAAACUAGCAUACGAGAGAAUUUCGGACGCCUUAUUUCAUUCUGAGUGGAUGUACGAAGACAAGGAAUCAAGGAAAAUUAUAUCUUUCAUCAUAGAACAUUCAAAAGAACCGAUGAAGAUUGUCGCAUUUGGAAUAGUAAAGAUUGAUUUGGCUAAUUUUGGAACAAUCUGUAACUCAGCUUAUUCGCUGUUUAGUGUUUUUAAAAGAACUAAUUAA